GCGGAAGGGCGAUAGGAUAGGCGGCUCUUUGUCGAAGCUAGAGGACCGGCAGGCGGCAGCAGCAACUACGGCGGCGGCAGCAGAACCCAGCAGUGAUGUGGAGGUGGAGACCCACAGGAGCCCCGGACUUCACCUGAGCUACCUCAGCAGUCACCAAGGGUGGCAAGAAAAGGAAGAAAGCCCUGAGUUGGGGGGGACCAGGAUGCCUGACCGGGACAGCUAUGCCAACGGCACUGGGAGCAGCGGUGGAGGCCCUGGAGGCGGUGGCAGCGAGGAGGCCAGUGGGACAGGGGCAGGCAGUGGCGGGGCCAGCUCAGAUGCUAUCUGUAGAGACUUCCUGAGGAAUGUGUGCAAGCGAGGCAAGCGUUGCCGCUAUCGCCAUCCGGACAUGAGUGAGGUGUCCAACUUGGGGGUGAGCAAAAAUGAGUUCAUCUUCUGCCAUGACUUCCAGAACAAGGAGUGUAGCCGCCCAAACUGCCGAUUCAUCCAUGGCUCCAAGGAGGAUGAGGAUGGCUAUAAAAAGACAGGAGAGCUUCCCCCUCGGCUGAGGCAGAAAGUGGCAGCCGGCCUGGGCCUUUCACCAGCUGACCUACCAAAUGGGAAGGAGGAGGUCCCUAUCUGCCGUGACUUUCUCAAGGGUGAUUGCCAGAGAGGCGCCAAGUGCAAGUUCCGUCACCUGCAGCGGGAUUUUGAGUUUGAUGCCCGGGGUGGAGGAGGUGCUGGUGGUGGGGGCUCAACAGGCCCAGUUCCCCCAGGACGACGUCAUGACCUCUAUGAUAUCUACGACCUCCCUGACAGGGGCUUUGAGGACCAUGAGCCAGGCCCCAAGCGCCGGCGAGGUGGAUGCUGCCCCCCAGAUGGCCCCCAUUUUGAAUCAUAUGAAUACAGCCUGGCUCCACCCCGAGGGGUGGAGUGCAGGCUGCUAGAGGAAGAGAAUGCCAUGCUCAGGAAGCGGGUAGAGGAGCUAAAGAAGCAGGUCAGCAACCUUCUGGCCACCAACGAGGUACUGCUGGAACAAAAUGCCCAGUUCCGCAAUCAGGCCAAGGUCAUGACCCUGAGCUCCACUGCACCAGCAACUGAGCAGACUCUGGCCCCCACCGUGGGCACUGUCACCACUUUUAACCAUGGCAUCGCCCAGACUCACACUACUCUCAGCAGCCAGGCUCUACAGCCUCGCCCCGUGUCCCAGCAAGAACUGGUGGCCCCUGCGGGAGCUCCAGCUGCUCCCCCAGCUAACGCUGCACCGCCUGCCGCUCCACCACCCCCACCCCCACACUUGAACCCAGAGAUCACGCCACUGUCGGCUGCUCUGGCUCAAACAAUUGCCCAGGGAAUGGCACCCCCACCUGUUUCCAUGGCUCCUGUGGCUGUAUCUGUGGCUCCUGUGGCUGUAUCGAUGGCCCAGCCCUUGGCAGGAAUCACAAUGAGCCACACCACCACUCCCAUGGUGACUUACCCCAUCGCCUCCCAGAGCAUGCGUAUCACAGCCAUGCCACACUGAUGGGGCUAAUGGACACUCCCCUGGUAUAGCCUCCCAGGGCUGGGGUCGAGGGGCCCUUACCUACCCACUCGCCUAGCCCUCCCAGGCCCUGUCCGAAGGGCUCACUCAUGAACUAGGACAAGAGAGACUACAAGGAGUUUGCUUCUGAGCAGGGGUUGGGUUGGUGUGUUUUCUCUCACCUCCCUUUUAUGAGGGUCCUCUUGUCCAUCUUCCUUCCAGCCUCACAGAGGGGGCUUGCAUAGGAGUGCAGACUGAAGCCAGCAGAGGAAGGACUGACUGAGGGGCUAUGUGUUCUCUGAUGGGAAUUUGGGGGACAUCGUUGGUCUUGUCCUCUCUUCUGCAUGGCACAGGUUCCAGCACUGGCUUUGGAAGAAAAAAAUACCCUGCCCAGAGGGGAAGCCAGGAAAGAUUGGGAAGUGGGUGGCCAGGAGAGAAGGCCUGAUAGAAGCCAUCAGACAAUUUGGGGCCUAGCUGAGUUGGACAAUACAGGAACUGCUCCUGGGCCCAUGGGAAGGCGGGGACCAUAGUACUCCAGCCCAAAGACUAGGGGAGCAUUCAUUACCUUGGCUUGGCCUGGACAUCCAUAGGGCAGGGCCCACCAUGUUCCAAAGAAAUAAAAAAAUAUAUUUUUAACAAA